AUGGAAUCUUCGAGUCUGACCGGCCGUCAGCAGCCGGACACGUCUGCUGCUGACGUUAUCGGAGUAGGUUCUUCCACGACGGGUCGAUGUGAUGGCACUGAGGCUGUUCUCGAUAUAAGGCUCCCCGUCAACGGUGUUGAGUCGUCCCCGUGCGGGUUACGCGAUGGCUCUGGUGAAUUGGCGGAGCUUUGCGACCGGGUAUAUGGAAACGGGUUACCAAUUUCGCCAGACCAGCAAGGCUGCGAGCUUCCCCCGAAAAGUUCCCCGCGGAAUGAUGCGAAUGAACGCGGAGGCUUCGGCGGAAAGGGCAGCGGGGCCGGGGCGCGCCUGCGCCUGCCUCGGAGCUGGCAGGCGGGCGCGUUUGUGCUUCCGCCAAGGUGGCUCUGGGGGUACUUUCGGAAGUUCCGCGGAAUCGGGGAGGGUCUUUUUCCGGCGUACCCGAGCUUUAUCGUCGUCUUCUGGUCCUUCAUCGCCUCGUUUAUUGGCAUAGCCCUGUGCGCGUUUCUCGCGUUCAACACGAGCAUGCAGCGGACCCUGAGCCCCUACCCGACCAGCACUAGCAGCAGCACAACUGAAACCGGCCAGCAGCAGCAAGCGUCGUUUAUGAUUGGCUCGUUUGGCGCCACAGCGGUGCUCAUCUUCGGAACCAUUGACUCGCCUCUCUCGCAGCCCCGGAAUGUGGUCCUCGGGAGUGCCGUUUCAGCGGUGAUCGGCGCGCUUAUAGCGGAGAUCUUCGCUAUAGGCGGGCUCGCGUUUCCGAAUACGUCGUGGCUGUGGCUACAGUGCGGUCUUGCGGUUUCCUUAUCCAUAGUGGCCAUGCAGCUGCUGCGUAUCGUCCAUCCCCCUGGGGGUGCUUCAGCACUCAUUGCUGUCAUGUCGCCUCCCUCUCUGCGCUGCCACGGCUUCUUUGUGCUCACUCCCGUGCUGCUGGGAGUGUGUAUCAUGCUCACUGUCGCUCUCUUUGUCAACAAUAUCGCCCGACAGUACCCUCUGUACUGGUGGCGGCCAAUCAUCCUCGACAUUCCCGUGCCAGAGGGCUCCACACAUCACUCCCUGUGCUCACUCACCCACCUGUGCCUCUUCCCUGCUCUUUCCCCAUUCCUAUCCUACCCUUUCUCACCAGGUACCCCCUGUACUGGUGGCGGCCAGUCAUCCUCGACAUUCCCGUGCCAGAGGGCUCCACACACCACUCUCUGUGCUCUCUCACCCACCUGUGCCUCUUCCAGUUCACUUACCUUCCAACCAUUCCUCACUCCUUCCCACUCCUUCCACCCCCCCCUCACCAGGUACCCCCUGUACUGGUGGCGGCCAGUCAUCCUGGACAUUCCCGUGCCAGAGGGCUCCACGCACCACUCUGCCGUGACAGCAGGCGAGGCAUACCACACAAUACAGCACCUGCACGCCGUGCACUCCCCCGUGCACCACGCCUCUUCCCAGCUGCCCUCCCAACAGCCCUCUCAACCGCCCUCUCAGCUGCUGCCGCUGUGCCUGCCUUCAAGCGAUGCACAGCGCGUCCACGCCGUACACUCCCCUGUGCAACCCUCUGUGCAACCCCUCGUGCAACCCGCCGUGCAACCCCCCGUGCACCACGUGACGCUGCGACAGCUGGCGGGGUGCUUCACAGGGUAG